AUGAAUCACAACGAUUACUUUAAUUCUUUGAAAUCAGAUUCCAACUCCAGCGAAAUUUAGUUUGAUAAAGAAGAGGAGAAUGAUAAUUAAUUUGAAGGAUAGAUCAAAAAGGAGAAAGGAAAUACUAAGAAUGCCUAUAUUAAUAAAAUCUCAUCUUUAAUAAAAAUAGCAAAUUUGGAAUAAGUGGAAGAAAAGUAAUUUAAAUAAAAUGACAAUAGAGCUAGAGAAAAAUUAGUUUAAACAAAAUCUUUAAAUUAAAUCUUUGGAGGUGGAUCUAGUAUUGAUUUGGAAGAAAAACUAAUAAAAAAUAGAGAGUCUGCAAGGAAUAGUAGAAAGAGAAAGAAAAUUUACUUAGAAUUAUUAGAAGAUAAAGUUACAAUAUUGUCAGAAAAAUUGGAAAACUUUUAAAAAAUUAAUAAGUCUACGGCUGAUUUGUCUUUGAAAUUAAAAAAUAAAAUAAGCUAAGUAAAUUAUAUUAUAAUUUAGAAAUAAGAGCAAGAUCAGAAUAAAAUGAUUAAUUUUUAAAAUUUAUAAAAUACAGUAUAAAAUAAUGGUAGUGAAUUGAACAUUGAUACAAUAAUAGAAACUCUAAAUGUAUAAAAAAUAAUUUAAAAAAGAAAAAAUUUGGUGCAGGAACUUUUGAUAGGUAACAAUAGUUAGAUCAUUAUUUUAAUCAAAUUUAUGAAAACUGCCUUUCACCUUAUCUCAAUUAUAUUAUUGGAGCAGCAAAGACGGAAUAGGAUAUUUUUUAAAUUUAAAUUAGCAAUGUAGACAAUGGAAUAUUAAGGAAUUUGAAGAUGACAGAUAAAAAAUAACAGAUUUUUAUAAAGAAACAUAAAAAGCUACUCAGAUUUCAGAAUGAUCUUACUAAGUUGUGUUAAAAUUUAUUUUUAGCACUUUAUUUUCUUUCUAAGAAAUGAAAAACUAAAUAUUGAUUGAAUUGAGUUCGUAUGGAUAAACAUUAGAUUAAUUAAGAAAAGAGUUAAAGCCUAGUUAGGUAGGGAAAUUUCUUAUUGAAAUUGAAAAAAAGGAUAUGUAGCAUAAUUUUAGAGGAUAAUUUGAAUAAUAGUUUGGUGUAGAAAUGGACGAAGAAGAUUCUUUGGAUUUAUAUCAAUUUAUGAUUGAACAUAAUAAUUGUAAUACUCUAGAUAUCGAUAUACAACAAAUUUAUCAUUUAUAUAAAAAAUCAAAAUUAUUUUAAAGAAGACAUAAUGAAUCAGAUGAAUAGAAAUAGCAAUAAAAUAAAGAUUAAUGA